AUGGUCUCUAUCAAGUCUGCUCUUGUUACUCUUGCAAUGUCCACCACCGCGCUGGCUGGCGUGAGAUGUAGGACCUCCGACUAUGAGGCAACCAAAGACGAGCUCCAACAAUGUAUCGAUGAGCUUCAUGGCCGAGGCACGGAGCUUUGUACCGUGCCAGCGGGAUAUCUCAAUAAGGGUUUCGUCCAUAUUGGCGAUGCCAUGAUCACGGGCAUGCACAACGGGGAUAGCACUGACGAAGAUGAAAGCUCAUGGUGCGGGCAUAUUGCGGACGCUGCGCAGGAUGCUCUUGACGAGUGUGGCGAGGGCAAAGAUACUGCCUCUGGUGCUAAGGAAGCUUAUGGAAACGGCAAUAUUCUUGUUAGUCUUAUUUUCCGGGACAAGGACGGUCCUGAUGAAUAG